UGGUUUCUGACACACUGGAGAUGUCGAUAGCAUCACAGAUGGACCUGCCUGAAGAGAUUCAGCAUCCUUAUACAAAAUUUUCCGAAUGGAAAUUCAAGCUGUUUAAAGUGAGACCAUCUGAAAAAACAUCUUCUGAUAACAGCCAGUGCAUAAAUAAGGAUCAGGCAGAAGAGGUAGCUUCUACAGACAAAGGCAUCAUGCUGCAUAAAGAUGAAGGAGUUCCAAGAGGAGAAAAAAUUCUGACACAGACGGACUUAAUGGGCAAUAGGCAGGCACUUGGGAAAGAUGCCAACGACAUGAAAAUACAAGACAACACAGAGCAUCAGAACAACCUGAAGCAACUUUGCCGCAUCUGUGGAGUUUCAUUUAAGAGUGACUGUAACAAGAGAAGUCAUCCAGUACAUGGGCCAGUGGACGAUGAAACUCUGUGUCUUCUGAGAAAGAAAGAGAAAAAAGCAACCUCUUGGCCAGAUCUUAUCGCUAAGGUUUUUAAGAUUGAUGUGAGAGGGGAUGUUGACACUAUCCAUCCCACUCAAUUUUGUCACAACUGCUGGAGUAUUAUCCACAGGAAAUUCAGUAACACUCCAUGUGAAGUGUAUUUUCCUAGGAACAGCACGAUGGAGUGGCAACCCCACUCUGCAAACUGUGAUGUGUGCCAUGGUACCAGCCGGGGAGUCAAAAGAAAAAGCCAGCUACCCAGUGUACAACAUGGCAAACGUGUGAAGACCAUUGCAGAACGUGCUCGAGUUAACAGAGGCGUAAAGAACCAAGCACAGAUGAAUAACAAAAAUGUAAUGAAAGAGAUCACCAACUGCAAGAAUACACAUCUCAGCACCAAGCUGCUUGCGGUUGAUUAUCCAGUAGAUUUCAUUAAAUCCAUCUCUUGCCAGAUCUGUGAACAUAUUUUGGCAGAUCCAGUGGAAACAACAUGUAGACACUUGUUUUGCAGAACUUGCAUCCUUAAAUGCAUCAAAGUUAUGGGCAGCUAUUGCCCCUCCUGCUGGUAUCCUUGCUUCCCUACUGAUCUGGUUACCCCAGUGAGAUCGUUCCUGAACAUCCUUGAUAGCCUGAGCAUAAGAUGCCCUGUAAAGGAAUGUGAUGAAGAGAUCUUGCAUGGAAAAUAUGGCCAACACCUCUCCAGCCACAAGGAGAUGAAAGAUAGAGAGCUCUAUAGCCACAUAAAUAAAGGUGGCCGACCGAGGCAGCAUCUUCUGUCUUUGACCAGGAGAGCUCAGAAACAUCGUCUGAGAGAACUGAAAUGUCAAGUCAAGGCUUUUGCUGAGAAAGAAGAGGGUGGUGAUAUAAAGGCCGUAUGCAUGACUUUGUUCCUGCUAGCUUUAAGAGCAAAAAAUGAACACAAACAAGCAGAUGAAUUGGAGGCUAUAAUGCAAGGGAGGGGAUCUGGACUCCACCCUGCUGUCUGCCUGGCAAUCCGAGUCAACACGUUCCUCAGCUGUAGCCAAUAUCACAAAAUGUAUAGAACUGUAAAAGCUGUCAGUGGGAGGCAGAUUUUCCAGCCACUGCAUGCUCUUCGCACUGCUGAGAAAGCUCUCUUACCAGGUUAUCAUCCAUUCGAGUGGAAACCUCCCUUGAAAAGCGUUUCCGCUAACACAGAAGUGGGAAUUAUAGAUGGACUAUCAGGAUUGCCACUCUCAAUUGAUGACUACCCGGUAGACACAAUUGCAAAGAGAUUUCGAUAUGAUACAGCCUUGGUUUCUGCCUUAAAGGACAUGGAAGAAGAGAUCUUGGAGGGCAUGAAAGCAAAAAACCUGGAUGACUAUUUGAGUGGUCCCUUCACUGUGGUAGUAAAAGAGUCCUGUGAUGGAAUGGGAGAUGUCAGCGAGAAGCACGGAAAUGGGCCUGCAGUCCCAGAGAAGGCCGUUCGCUUUUCUUUUACAGUUAUGAACAUUUCUAUAGCCCAUGGGAACGAAAAGGUAAGGAUCUUUGAAGAAGUAAAGCCCAAUUCAGAAUUAUGUUGCAAGCCCUUGUGCCUUAUGCUGGCCGACGAAUCGGAUCAUGAAACUCUGACGGCGAUCCUGAGCCCUCUCAUAGCAGAAAGAGAGGCUAUGAAGGACAGCGAACUGCUACUCGAAAUGGGAGGCAUCCUGAGAACAUUCAAAUUCAUCUUUCGGGGUACAGGAUACGAUGAGAAACUUGUACGGGAAGUGGAAGGGCUGGAGGCCUCAGGUUCCACCUACAUCUGUACCCUCUGUGAUGCGACCCGCCUGGAGGCGUCCCAGAAUUUGGUCUUCCACUCCAUCACCAGGAGCCACGCUGAAAAUCUGGAGAGGUAUGAAAUAUGGAGGUCUAACCCUUAUCAUGAAUCUGUUGAUGAGCUCCGUGACAGAGUGAAGGGUGUUUCAGCCAAGCCUUUUAUUGAGACUGUGCCCUCCAUAGACGCGUUGCACUGUGACAUUGGCAAUGCAACAGAGUUCUACAGGAUUUUCCAGAUGGAGAUUGGUGAAGUCUACAAGAAUCCUGAUGUAUCUAAAGAGGAGAGGAAGAGAUGGCAGUUGACUCUUGACAAACACCUCAGGAAGAAGAUGAACUUAAAACCGAUGAUGAGGAUGAGUGGAAACUUUGCGAGAAAGCUCAUGUCUAAAGAGACGGUAGAGGCAGUAUGUGAAUUAAUAAAGUGUGAGGAAAGGCAUGAAGCCCUGAAGGAACUAAUGGACCUUUAUCUGAAAAUGAAACCAGUGUGGCGAUCUUCAUGCCCUGCCAAGGAGUGCCCAGAAUUGCUGUGCCAGUACAGCUACAAUUCACAGCGUUUUGCUGAGCUCCUGUCUACAAAGUUCAAGUACCGAUAUGAAGGCAAGAUCACCAAUUAUUUCCACAAAACCCUUGCUCAUGUUCCUGAAAUCAUUGAAAGAGAUGGGUCCAUUGGUGCCUGGGCAAGUGAAGGAAACGAGUCUGGAAACAAACUGUUUAGGAGGUUCCGGAAAAUGAAUGCCAGGCAGUCCAAAUUCUAUGAAAUGGAGGACGUCUUGAAGCAUCACUGGCUAUAUACAUCUAAGUACCUCCAGAAGUUCAUGAAUGCUCAUAAAACAUUAAGAAGCCAGGGCUUCACCAUCGAUCCAGAGGAUAGUUUAGGUGAUUCCUUGCCGCUGGAGGUCUCUAUGGAAAGCAAUGAUUCAGAGGAACUCUAAACGUAAAAUGUGUUUGGCGUUGGGUUUGUGAUGGGGUCUUCCUGUGAGGAGACAGCUUCCUUCUCAGGCCUGUAGAGGUACAGGGAAGCGUGAAACUAUCAUCUCUAUACUCUGUAUAAAGGUGCUGAGUGGAGUUUAAUAAAAUACUGUGUCUGUUGGGAGCUUCCAAAGGAGGCAAUGCAGUGGUGCAUUUACCAGUUAUUAUGUGAGAGGGAAGUGGAAACAAAUUGCAAAGAAGCAUCUCCAGUUUAUUUUGGUCUCAGCAUUGUUUAUACAUGAGAAAGCCAAAGUAAACAAGGUUUUAUAGAGAGCAAUACUUCGGAAUGAAUAUGAUUCUGGAGAGUUAUGACACUUGCUGAAGAAGUGAGCAUGGCUAUUUGUUCUGUUUGCAUUUUUUAAACUAUUUUGCUAUUUACUUUUCAAGAGGGUUUGAUUAUUUUAUUGAUGGUUAUUUGGCUUUUAUAAGUCAAGGUCUGGCAGUGAGACAGUUGGGUAAUUGUUCUGGGAUAAAGUUCAGGUAUUUUUAUAUGAUAUAUUGACUAAAGAUGCAAACUUUGAUUUCAAACAUUUAAAAGUAUUAUUUAACACUUAGAUUGUAGUACUGCUUAGGAGCAGGUGGUGGUAUCGGCAAGGUAAUUUACUAUAUAAAGAUAUAGGAAAGGUAACUAUAAUAUUUUAAAGAUAUUUUUAUCAUAGUCCAUUUACUCUAAAAUGCAAACCAGUUUUUGUGCUCCUAAAUCAGCAUUUGCAGUGCCUUGUGCUUAUCUCACUAUUCAAAGUACACUCAAGCUCUGCUGUGCAGCUUGUUGCUUGAUAUGCAUUUUAGAUUUUGAUGGUAACCUCAGCAUAUAGGAUAAUUUGUAUCUGUAAUUUUAAUGGGUGGAUUCCUGGCCUUACUGAAGGCACCAGUAAAUCGUCAUGAAUACCCCCAGUUUCACCAGGUGACUACGAGUCACAGCAGAGUGGUGGUUUCUUAGGGGAUGGGCAUUAACUCGACCAGGUACAUGUCAGUGUUCAGAUUUUCUCUGUUAGAAUAGUUCACUGACCACUUGCGACGUGCUCUGACAGUGUGCCGUACUGAGCUUUUUCACAUCUGGGAUGUGUCACUUACAGUCUCAUUUUCUAGAUAUAUAAAAUGGGAAUGACAUUUAUUAACCUCAAGGAUAGUUUGCAUAAAGGCGUAGUGGGAAAACAAUGAACUGCAGCUGAUAGUAUUUUACAUCAUUACAACAAUGUUUAGUUAGCAGUUUACAUAUCUUACACUAUAUUAGGAGCACCAUUACGUUGGUGGUAUUUGCCUUUCUGAAGUGUCAUUGCUACGUGACUGGAGGCCGCUUCGAUCAGAUGAGAUUGCACUGAACCAGAAUCAGAUGAAGAAUAAUGAGGCCUAACAUCGUUCUUCUUCAGCGCACAGCUUCAGAUGACUGAGUGUGGCACGAUUUUCAGAGCUGACCAGCUGCAACUCCUGAGUGGGGCAGCUUCUCUACCUUCUGCAUCAAGCUUAAUAUCAUCUGUAGUCCGAAAAGACACAAUAGAAAGGAUUUAAUCAGUACUUUAUCUAGCAGCACCAGGAGAGAGUCCAAGAGGUGAGAUCGCUGUAUUUUCAGUGCCUGGCCCUUCCUGCGAAGAUGGGCAUUUUGAGCCAGUGGACAAUACAAGGACAGCUAUCACCUGAAGGUGGCCCUGCACACGUGGUAGUGGCCAGUGUUUUCUUCCUGUGUACACGUGUGUUUUGAGAAAUUUGAAGGUUUAUAACAUGAUUAUCUUGCUUUUUGUUAAAGAAAAGAGGGGCUUUGGUGUCACAAUUUUCAAAUGCCAAACACGGAUACCAAGCUGGAGUUUGAUUUUCAGGAGCUGUUGCUCAAUAGAUUCUCAGAAGUUUAGUUUUGUUUGAAAUGGGACAGGGUAGGAAUAAAAUGUGAAGGAAGCUAUAGUCACCUAUCAUUAAACACAGAAGUAAGCAAGUCCUGUCUGCACUGCACCGAAUCUACCAGGAAAUAUUUUUACAGAUUCUGUUUCAAUCUGAAUUCAAUCUUUUCCUUUGGGCUUCCAGUAGCGUUAUUUCCACUCCUUUCAGUGGUCUAUUGGUGCAAUGAGUCACCCCAAACUAUGACACAUGCUUUAGUGCUACUACUAAAGUUUGUUCCGUGCCUUUCCUUUAGAUUAAUCAGGUGCUUCGGGGUCCAAGUACUUUUCACAAGCAGUAAAACCCAUAUAUUAUUCUCUUAAAAGCUGGUAAUAACAACAUAGUGUUACUAAAAUGUGACUGGGAACCCUGAUGCUGCUUGUUGUGGUUACAAAACACAUAGGUCAGUUGGAUGCAGAUACAACAGCGAUUUACUUCAGCACUCAAAUCUGCUUCAUUUUAUCUUCUAAUUCUACCCUGCAUGAGGAAGAAACAUCUUGUAUUGAUCAGCUGGUUUUGAAGACGAUCAAUACUCUAACAAGCACAUGCCUCAAAAGCACCAUCAGAAUUAUUAGGGAAUUAAAUAUUUUCUGCAAUCUUGAAUGCUAUGUCAAGUGUCUUCACUACAGGUUGUUGAUCAUGUAACUCUGUAUGUUUGAGUCCUUAGGAAUAUUACAUUUUACCUUUCUUAUUACUUUCUUUUCCAGCAGUAACUCUAAGCUGUGAUUUAAUGCUUGUUGUACUACCCUUUGCUGUGAGGCUGGGACAUGGUUUGACUAAGCAAUUUCUCCCUCCUUGCCAAGUAACACAUACAUUAAAAAAAAGAAGGCACAGACCAAACAAAUUCGUUGCUCAAUGAUGGGCCUCAGGACUUUGAGAUAUCGAUGGUAAUUGGGAGAGGUAACAGGCAAAACAUGGACUGGGCAUCGCCAGGGAGUGGAAUAAUUGUGAGGAGUGCUUUGCUGUUCUAAAAUGGGGAAGGGGCUUGUUGUUGUGUGUGCAUAGUGUCCACCUGUUGGUGUUGUGAUGAUGUUCUUUAAUUUUUGCUGAGGGUAUUUUUUGUUUUUGAUGCAAAUGAAGUUUGUCACGUGUGCUAAAUGUAUAUUUUAAAGACAAUUGAGCUGAGUAAGACCUAUGACAUGUAAGGGGAUGUUGUUUAUUGAAUUUCACCAGUUUGAAGGGACUUCACAUGGCCAUAAUUUUCAUGUAUUCCUUCGGAAAACACAGCAUUAUGUACUCUGAGCUCAGAAAGGAGCAUGACAAAGGAAACAAGAAACUGGCAUUAAAUUCUAUGGGUUUAUACUACUAUCAAACUGAUGAGAGGGGUCUCGGGAUGAUCUACCUCCCACUCCUAAGCUCUUCCCAUAUUAUAACCUCCCUCAGCAUAUAAAUAGGUUGGAAACUGAAAUGUUGUCUUGUUGCCCUUUACUAUCCUCCACUGUUGACUUGUGAAGGUGUCAAGGGGAGUACUGUGCACACACAUUUGUGUUGAUGGGAACACAUCGGUGCUUUGCAAAGGAGUGGCUGCUCAGGGUCUGCACAUACUGCUCUGGUGGCUGACAGCUGCUCCUGUUGCUCUUCUGUUUUAUUCAGGGGUCCAGCACAAGAACUAGA